AUGGCUAUCACUGUUGGUUUGGCUGGUAUCACCGGCAAGUUUGGUCGCCUUCUUGCUUCCAAGCUCAUUCAGAAUUCUGAUGUCGUUCUUCGCGGUUACUGUCGCGACCCCAGCAAAGUCAUCACCCCGCUCGCAUCGUCUUCCCAAGUAUCUUUGUGGCAGGGCGGAGCUUACGAUAAAGAAAAGAUCCAGGAAUUCGUCAAAGGCUGUGACGUCGUUAUCUGCGCCUAUCUUGGAGAUGAUAAGCUUAUGGUGGAUGGCCAGAAGCAACUCAUUGACGCUUGCGAAGUAGAGGGUGUGCCUCGAUACAUUGCAAGCGAUUGGGCUCUGGACUAUACCAAGUUGGAGUUUGGCGAGCUCUUCCCCAAGGAUCCCAUGAAGCAUGUCAAGGCAUACCUUGACACCCAGAAGUCAGUCAAGGGUGUUCACAUCCUUAUCGGAGGUUUCAUGGACCCUAUCUUCAGCCCCUUCUUCCAAGUCUUUGACCCGGCUACAAACACCUUCAGGUACUGGGGAGAAGGCACCGAACCUUGGGAGGGAACUUCAUACGAGAACGCCGCAGAGUACACUGCUGCGGUUGCGACCGAUCCAUCUGCCAUUGGCAUCCAAAAGUUCCUGGGAGACCGGAAAACCAUCAAAGAGAUCGCGGCCUCUUUCAAGGAAGUGUACGGCAUUGAGCCCAAGUUGGAACGUCUUGGUUCACUUGAUGAACUUAAGACUCGUAUGCACAGCCUGCGACAAGAGAACCCCGCUGAUAUCUUCAAAUACAUGUCCUUGUUCUUUCUCUACUACUGGAUCAACGGCCAGACUUUCGUCGGUCCAGAUGUUCAAAACGACAAAUACCCUGAGGUUAAGCCGGUGACUUGGGAGGCUUUCAUGAAGAACCGAACCGUGCAAGAGCUGGCUGGUGCAUACUACUCUCUUUCUUCCUAG